AUGGGCUCUGGGCCGCCCGGGGCGCUGAGCCUGCUGCUCCUGCUGCUAGCGCCGCCGAGCCGCCCGGCCGCGGGCUGCCCCUCGCCGUGUCUGUGCGCGGGGACGCGCGUGGACUGCGGGCGCCGCGGGCUGACGUGGGCCUCGCUGCCGGCGGUCUUCCCACCCGACACCACCGAGCUGGUGCUGACGGGCAACAACCUGACAGCGCUGCCCCCCGGGCUGCUGGACGUGCUGCCGGCGCUGCGUGUCGCGCACCUUAGUGCCAACCCCUGGCGCUGCGACUGCCGCCUCUUGCCGCUGCGCGCCUGGCUGGCCGGCCGACCGGAGCUCGCGCCCUACCGCGACUUGCGCUGCGCCGCGCCCCCAGCGCUGCGCGGCCGCCUGCUGCCCUACCUGGCCGAGGACGAGCUGCGCGCCGCCUGCGCGCCCGGCGCGCUCUGUUGGGGGUCUCUGGCGGCCCAGCUGGUGCUCUUGGGCCUCGGGCUACUGCAUGCGCUGCUGCUGGCGCUGCUGCUGUGCCGCCUGCGGAGACUACGCGCCGGCGCCCGCGCCUCGCGCCGCCUGUCGUUGACUGCCCCAUUGGUGGCGGAGCCGGCCGCGCCCGAGACCUGA